AGUCCGUGUUUGAGCUCAUGCUCGGUUCUCAACAUUGACAACAUUCUUAAAGCCAUAAAUCCACGCCCACAUCUAAAUUCAAUUCGAAGCCAACUCCAACUCCAACGCCAACGUCCACUUUACCAGUGAGGCGACAAAUUUCUCAACUUUUCCGGCUGGGGUGGCAUGUGGAUAAAUUUUGGCCGACAUGGAUCCCAGUGCUCUACAAAACAUGGAUCGGGACGCAUUAAAGAAGCAAAUCGAGAAUAUGAAAUAUCAGGCCUCCAUGGAGCGCUGGCCGUUAUCUAAAAGCAUUGCUGAAAUGCGCUCCUUUAUUGAGGAGAACGAGAAGAAUGAUCCGUUGAUUAAUGCGCCGGAUAAAAAGAACAAUCCGUGGGCUGAAAAGGGCAAAUGUAUCAUCAUGUAAUAUUAUCGUAAACCACAGAAAUACCGUAAUGAUGAGCAUCCAACCAUCAACAACAACAAUAACAUAAAUAAUAAUAAUGAUGAUAACAAUACUAUAAAGACAACAACAACUACUCCAACAGCAGCUACAGCAACAUUGUCAACGCGAUCAACAACAGCAACAGCAACAACAUGUGCAACAAACAAUGCAUACCAAAGUAAUAAUAAUAAUAAUUAUAGCUAUUUAGAGAGCAGUCAUAGAGGUAGCAACCAUGUCUCCAACUCCAAUUCAAACUCCAAUUCCGAUUCAAACUUCAAUUUCGAUUGCAAUGCGAGUGAUCUCGAUUAUGUGACGCCGUCGGUUGAGUUGCAGCAGCAACAACAGCAGCAUUACAACAACAACUAUUACUACUAUUACAACUACAACCUGAGCUAUGCCCCGCCCCCGGCAACAGCACCGCUCGAGUGUCGUCUGCUCGGUGGCCCAAAGGGGCGACUCCAACAGCUGAAGCGUCGCACACGCCACGAACUUCAACAGUGGCCGCUGCUCAUGCAGCUGGUUGUGCUCGUCCUUUGGCUGCACGGCAAGUUCUGGCAGAUCGUACGUGAACAGAUCCUGAUGCACAGAAGGCGAUGGUAAUGGUAAUGGGGAAUGAAGUAAGGAUGAUCGAGUGAUGGGACAGUAAGAAAUCAGAAUCAGAAUCCUCUAUGCUUAAGUUUUACAAUUAUGCCACACUUUCUUCAAAACUUAAAUAAAUAAUAACCAUAAAUAAGCUGUGCAUAGUCUAAAUGAACCACAACCACAAAAAAGAAACUAGAACAACAACAACUACAGCCACAUCAACAACGAGUGCUCAUCGAGUAUUCGCUCGUAUUUGUACUCGUCUCAUCGAACAUACUCUCGUUGUCGCUGUCGUCUCGUUACUGUCUGUCUCUCUCUCUUUUAUCGUUAUCGUUAUCGCUCUCGCUCUCGUCGUUUAUCUACUUGUCGCUUGUGUUUUGAAUCGUUCAUCUCUCUACGUUUUUUCUAGCUAUCGUAUCGUAUUGUAGUUGUUAUUGCUUUUUCAGUUCAAGCAUGCCGUACAUUGUUUCUUUUCCUUUAACAUCAUCGUCAUCAUCAUUGUCAUCAUCACCAUGAAAUCCCUCCCAUUCUACACUAGUCGACAGCGCUAACAAAACCAAAAAAAAAAAAAAACUUAAACAGCUCAUAUCAAUACAAAAUCCUACAUGUUGAGCCUCGAUAAAUGUAACCCACCCAUCAUGUUUAGUCAGGAAACGACAAACAAACCAAAACAAAAACCGAAAAGCUAAAAUCCAAAACUGUUUGCCAUAAUAAAUAGAUUGUUUUUUUUUUAUCGUACUUAAAUCCUAAAUUGUUUUUUGGCCAUUCAUUGUGUGCUAAAUAUGGGAAUGAAACAAACGAUCUUGCUGUUUCAUUGCCAAUAUUUCCAUCUUUGUCUGGCCUGCAAAAUCAACUAAAUUUUUUUUGUAAUAAGUUUUUGACUUGAUCAAGCUACACGAAUGAAAGAAACAACAGAAAUAUACAUUCCCAGUCGUGCUUAAAGUUUGCCAAAGAAAACCAUUUUUUAAGUAUUUUGAGAUAAGUUUUUUGCUUGAGAUGCUGUUAAACAAAAAAUAAUGAUAUAUAGACCCUCCUAAAUAAAUUUAGUUCCAAAAAAACCACGAAUAUUUUAUGAACUUAGCAGAUGAGAGAAGAAAAAAUGCAAAUUGAGAACGAUGCGUGUUUUGUGAAAAUGCGAAAUGCAAAUCGAUAGACACACUUUUAUGUAUGGUUUUCUAUUCAAGAAACAAGAAAAUAUUAUAAAUGAUAACUUAUAUAUAUACAUAUAUACUAUAUAGAGAUAUGAAUAUGAUUUUAUAUACAAUAUACAUAUAUAACAUAUGUUUAGAGAAACAAUGAAACAAACAAACUAUUUAAAAAGGCAGACGCUGUAGUUACUCGAUGAUAAUAUACGUAUUUAUUUAGUUUUAAAGCUAUGUUUAUUACCAUUACCUAGUGAGAUUAUAUUAUUAUAUACGCAGAACACAACAACAAAAACAACAACAGAUACAAAUGACACUCAAACUACACUCGAAACCGUAAAUGAAGAUGAAGAUGUCGAAUACAGUAACUAUUAAUGUAGUGCGAUUAAAAAAGAAGAUGAUCUACAUAAGUGUAGUGAUGAUAAAUAGUUGAACCCAGCUUAGAAUAAUUUAGCGAAACAGUCGAUAGAUAAAACUGCAAAAUGGACUUGAGGAACCAUUGAAUAUUAUAUUAUUAUUAAACGCUUAAUAUCGAAAUCUGUUCAAACACAACAGAAAAAGAAGCAGACUAAACGAUGAAAUGAGUUUACGUUUAAUAAAAUGUUAAGUUAUAGACAAAUAUUUGAUUUCAAUUUCGAAUUAGUCUUAUAAUUUUAGGCAGAUAAUUAAAAGACAACAAAACACACGACACAACCACAACCACAAACACAACACACACUCAAAACACUCGACAAAAAAUGAGGUUACCAAAAUACAGAUGAAGAAGUAAAAUACAAAACGAACACAAUGUAUGAGAUUAAAGAUAAAUACUCGAAAUAUAACCGCAACUGUAGUAAACAAAAGUACAUAAAAAGCGAGCACAUUUCAACCCACAAAGUAGACAAAAAGAAUUGAUAACAAUAUUGAUAAGUCGCGCAACAAAAUAAGAAAACAAAUAGCAUUAUGAUAAUUAGAGCAAGUUGAUUGAGAAAGUAGCAGCAAUACAAAAGUAUUACGGGCAACGUGGAACGAUUGAGAGUGGAACUGUGCAAAAUUGGAGCAGAACCGUAGUGAGGAAAUAGUAAGCAAUUACAAGUUAAAUGGAACGCAGUUUGGCGUCGAAAGCACAAAGUAGCAGCCAGCUACAAUCAACCAAGCUAAAGCGAAUGGCUCAACGAGUUAAACAGGCUGCACUCUGCAAUCUACAAAGCAAACAAAAUCAACACAUGAAAAUAAAACUAAUUAAGGUAUUGGUGGUUACAAAAUACGAACGAAAAAACAAACAACAAAGAAUAUAAAACAAUUAUAUUAAACGGAAUGAUAGGAUAGGAAGAAGUUUAAUCAAAAUGCGAGGAAAGUCGACAAUGCGAACAAACGCGCGCAGUGCCGAUUUUCACAGACACGCGAGGAACGCUUGGCAUGUGGAACACGCAGCGUUGCCAAACAUCACACUGCGUGUGUGUUCCAAAUGCCAGAUUGUGCCAAAGUGUCUGUGUGUGGUAAACAGUUGAAAUCAAAGCAGCAAAGUUCAAGCUAAAUUAGAAAUGUACUCAGUAAGCGUAGGCGUCACUCACUUUAGGCACUUCAAUUGUGCCCCAACGUGCGUCUAGUCAACAAAAGCUCUUUCGUGGAUUUCCCCAAAGAUUUUCCAAAAAAAAAAACACACAAACAUAUUUGGCUCCAUGAUUGUUCAAGAGCGCAUUAAGCACGCCAAGUAGCCUCAGCUCCACUCCCGGCACGGAGUCCGGGAUGCUGGAGACGGGGGCAAAAGGGGUGUGAGGGUGCCACGAAAAUUGAACAAUUUGUGGAUCUAGAGAAUUGAGAAGUCUCCCCACAAUAAUGCAAUGUCAUACUUUUCUCUGGCGAUUUUUGACUAGACUCAAGCUGUGGCAUAAGGUUUGCUCAAAGUACGCACGCACUUUUUAAAUAUAUUUAAUCGAAUAUCGAAUAUAUAUUAAACGUUAAUUCAAAUUCAUUUUCCAAAUACGCGUAGUCUCAAAAUAAAUUACAGAAAAAACAUUAAUGUUGAGGGUCAUAUGAAAUGGAGAGUUAAAUAAAUAUAUACGAAACGAAAGAAAGAAAGAAGCGAAAAUUUAGUGAUUUUUCCAAACGUUCUUAAAUAUGAAUAAAUAUAUGAAUAAACAAGUUUGUAACUGUUAAAAUUAAAAGUAAUACAUUUAAUUAUUAAAUAUAAUCGUAUAUAAUUAUAUAUUUAUUCAAAUAGAAGUCAAAACCAGUUAUUAACAUGUCAUUAACACUCAUUCAAAAGUUGAUGAAGAAAUGCGCAUGUUAAAGCCAAUCUCAAUUAAUCUAGUUCUUAAGUCAGCUUGAACAGCGAAGAAGAUGGAAAAGAAACGGAGAAGAGGAUGGAAAGAAGAUGAAGAAGAAGAGGUUACCGCUGGCACAGUGUUGGAAAACGACAACCUAUACAACUCAUCGCUGUCUGUCAGCAUGUGCCAAAAGAAAAAAAGUUGGUGAGAAAGCGAAAAUAUUUAUAUUGAAAUCAAAUCUCUAGUUCGUAAGUUGGUGUUAAAGUUCAUUCCAAGCGUUUAAACUCAAUAAACAAAAUAUACUAUAUAUAAAUACAUACAUAUAUUAUACAUAUACAUAUAUAUAGAACAAAAUAUUACUACGUGUAUUGCUUAUAUGUGUGUAAAAGUUACAAAAAACAACAAAUUAUUGUUACAAUUUAGGUUAUUAAGUGACGUUAACUAUUAAGAUAUAUGGAUAUAUAGAUUAUUAUUUAAUUUUAGAAAUAUGAUUGAUUCUUAAACUUGUCGAGAAAUGCGAACUCUUAAGACAAAAAACAACAACAACAACAAACAAACUCACGGUGCCGCACAACAUCAAAGGCUUAAACCAGAAACCAAAAAAUAAUUAAAAAAGCAAACAAAACAAUUAUAAUUUAGAACGAAUAACAACUUAAAACAUAAUGCAAAAUCUAGCUAGUAAGUGAAUUUUAAUGCAGAAAACAAACUAUACCGAAAAGAAAGUCAAAAACAUUACGAAAAACAAACUUAUUAAACCAUGAUAUAAUAACAUGUAUUUAGCUGUUAAACAACAACUAUUUAACAACAACCAAAAAACAAAAACAAAAAAACAACUUUUAAAAACAAAACAAGAA